AUGGACUUGGGCGAUUAUCCACUAUCACCAAUACUUUUCAAUCUCUUCGUAUCCGACCUACCCGACGCUCUCACCCACCAAGGACCCACCAUCAACAACACCCAACUCCAAUACAUUCAGUACGCAGACGACCUGGUCCUCCUGGCCACCACGGCUGAAGAAUUGCAAAAUGCCAUCAAUGCACUUCAGUCAUACUGCCAGGAGAACGGCCUUCAAAUUAACACCAACAAGACGAAGGCCAUGGUCUACCAUAAAGGUCGUCUGCCUGCAACAUCCUUCCACAUCAACAACGUCCCGAUGGAAAUUGUCAAGACAUUCAACUACGUCGGAUUCACAUUCACCCAACAACUCUCAUUCACCCAUCAUCUCAACACCAUCAUGACCAAAGCCAAAGCCAAGCAUAAGCAUUUGUGCAUUGACGUCUACAUCGACGAAGUUCUUGGCGUACCGUUCAAUGUGACGGUGUGA